UCUUUGGUAAGGCAAAGGCAGGACAUGGAGGUGGAGGAACAAGCCAAGAGAAAGUCAAGAAAGAUUUCUUCAUCUUCAUCCUCUGCUCUUAUUAAUAAUCUUGAUGAUGGUUGCCUCAUGCAUAUUUUCAGCUUCUUAUCUCCCAUUCCAGAUCGGUAUAACACCGCCCUCGUUUGCCACAGAUGGUGUUAUUUGGCUUGCCACCCUCAACUGUGGCUGCGAGUCGAUAGAUCCGUGAAGGAUUUUUCUGAACCCGGUGUUUUCCCUAACAUUGAAGAAGCUGUGUCUGCAGCCAGGUAAUAUGCUAGAUACAAGAAAAAGGGGGCCAAACAUGGGGGCCAGAGAUAAGACACCAGAGCAAAACGUAGGAAGCCAGAAGGGAGGAGAAGAAACAUGAAGAAAAAAAAAAGCUUCAGUGAUUCUGCCAAAAUUUUCCUUGACGAUCGGGACCACUGAUCAACAUUCUGAAUGGUCAAAAGUUGAGCGAGGCCAGUAUGAACAACAUAUUAAAAAAUCAGGACGAUCGGACGGUGGCAGAUCGGAGAAAACAAAUCUGAAUGGUUUUUGGCCUCUUGCCGGCGAUCAGCAUGUCUGAUCAACAUUCCAAAUGGUGAAAAGUUGCAUGAGAUCAACUCGAACAAAAUAUUAAAAAAUCAGGACGAUUAGACGGUGGACGACGACAGAUUGGAGAAAAUAAAUCUGAACGGUUUUUGGCAUUUUUUACGACGAACGGAGCUGAUUCACGCAAAACUGACUCUAUAUCUAAGAUGAGGAGGCCAAGAAGGACUUCUUGGUGAAAUUUGGUAACCAUCGGCCACCUGUGACGGUGGUGGCGCGGCAGCACGACAGCGGUCUGCGGUGGCGACACGGCGACGCGACGACGGUGGGCGGUGACUUUUUUAUGAUGAUGUUAUGUUUUUUUGUA